AUGUCGCAAAUAUUCCGCAAGUUGCAGGGCGGCAACCUCGAAGUCUUCAAGUUCGGGAUGUACGUCCUGUUCCCCAUCGGCUGGAUGUACUACUUCGGUACAAACCUCGACGACCGUUUCUCUACAAAGGGCUUCUGGCCUACCGCUGAGCAGUCGCAUAAGAUCCCGCUGGACAAGGAGGAGAUUGACCAGGAAUUGGCGCGGAUGCGCAUGGUGGAUGUCGUAAAACGGGAACAGAGAUUGGCGGCGGAGGCACGGGCACAAGCGCAGGCUGAUGCGCUGGCACAAUCACAGAUCCAGGCGACGCAGACUCAGCAAUGA